AAACGUUGCAAUGUCUAUGAAUAGAGAUACUACCAGUCCCUGCUCUGAACCAUCGUUGCCUGGCAAUGCGGUUAAGACCUCGGGGUCUCCUCAGCUUUUGGAAUCGCCUUCUGUGACGGGCUCCGCUGAUCCACUUUGUGGGUCUAGCGUUGAAGCCAAGGUUACUGGAGUGCCAUCCCACCAAGCUGACAAGUUUCCUGCUCUUCCCUCCAAGAAGUUGGUGGGGAAGAACAUGGCUGUCCCUCCUUCCAACAAGGAAUGGGCCAAUGGUGUUUGUGGUCGUCUCAACAUGACCACUUCCUCUUUUAAAGAGAAGGCUCCUCACCAGAGCAAAAGCCAUGGUGCAAAUGCACCCACUUGGGCUGAAGCAUUGUUUGAAAAGAAAAGCUCUCCAAAGAAGAGCGAAGCUUCCAAGUUGCCCAAGAAGCAGUGCUACACUACGAAGAAACGCUCCAAGAAGAAUAGAACUAAGGUUGAUGCUGGUAUGGAAAUGCCAACCAAGGCUACUGAAGUUGAUGAUAGUGUGAUUGAGCCUAAUGAGGCUCCUGAAGUUUCGGAGGAAACUAAUGUUGAUGUUGGUAUGGAAAAGCUGUUUGUGGCAGGUGAAGUUGCGAAGGCAAAAAAUGGUGAUGAUGGUAUGGUUGAGCCAAUUGAGGCUACUGAAGUUGAUGCUGGUGUAACUAAGCCUAAUGAGGCUCCUGAAGUUUCGGAGGAAACAAAUGUUGAAGAUAGUAUGAAAAAGCCAUUUGUGACCGCUGGAUUUAAUGUUGAGAUAACUCAGCCUAAUGAGGCUGCUGAAGUUUCGAAAGAAGCUAAUGCAGUUGCUGGUAUGAUUUUGCCUGAUAUGGCUGUUGAAGUUUCGAAGGAAUCGAAUAUUGAUGAUGAUGGUCUGAGAAAACCAUCUAUGGCCACUGGGGUUUCGCACGAAUUUCAAGUUGACGAUGGUAUUGUUAAGUCUACUAAUGUUUUGAAGGAAACCGACGUAGAUACUAGCAAUAUUGAACCAAAUGGCGCUGCUGUCGCUUUUCAGGAAACCCGUGUUGAUAAUGGUAUUAAGCCUAAUGUCCCUGCUGAAGUUUCAAAGGGAAAACCAAGACCUCCCAAGCAUAGAUCCAGAAAGAACAAAAAGAGGUCCCGGAAGACCAAAAGAUCUAAUUCUUCCUGUUGUAUUCAACCUGAAAAGAGUAAUGAAAAGGGUCAACAAAAUAUUUUUGAAGCUUCUACAGAAGCUGAAUUGAUUACUAAACUUGCCUUUGAUAUUGAAAUCCCAGAAAACUUUGACUGGGCUGAAAGCGGGGCUAGAACCGAUGCUGGUGAUGAUGACUUCUUUGCUCACUUUGAGAUCAAGAGUAAUGGAGAAGUGAACGGUGAGAAGAGUGAGACGUCAAGUAUUCGUAGAAUUAAUGUUGUCGAAGUUGCUGAAGACAUCGGGCGCUUGGAUGCUCCCGAAAUUACCGAAGUUGGAGUUGCUGGAGAUGUCGCUCUGUUAGAGUGCAAUGACGAGAAAUAUGAGAUUUCCAACACUUCCAGUGUUUGUGCUGCUGAAGAUGUCCAAGACACCAUGCGCUUACAGACGAUCGAAGAGAUCGACACUCUAAGCGUUGAUACUGAGAAAGUAAAAUUCUUCUUGUGCUUAGAGACCAUUGAGGAGGUCGACACUCCUGGAAUUGAUGAAGAAGUUCAAUUCAACACGCACUUGGAAGCUAGUGGGAUGGUCAACAUUCCUAGCAAGGAUGCUGCUCAAAGUAUCGUGCAGUUUGGUGUCGGUGGUACCUGCGAGAAUCGUAGAGUUGAUGUUGAAGCUUCUCGAACAAAUACGCAAUUACCAGGCAUUGAGAUAGCCACCGGUCCUUGUAUUGAUGAUGCUGAAGUUGCUGAGAGUUCCAUGAAUUUGAACGAAAGUAUUUGGACAUCUAACAAUUCUUUUGCUGAUGUUGAAGCCACCAAAAUCAUCUUACAACUCCUAGAUAUUGCUCCAGACAUAGAUCAAGAAGCUGGAGAAUCCACGCAAUUAGAAGUUAGUGAAACUUUCGACAUGUCUAGAGAUGUUGUUCACCAAGACAUCUCUCCCUUCGAGGCCGUUGAGGAGGCCGAACAUCUUAGCGUUGAUUUUGCUGAAUAUGGUAAAGCUUUAAUGCACUUAGAAGUCAGUGAGAUAAAAACAACCACCUUCGAAGGUGCACUGCAAAUCAAGGAGAGAGAAACUCCUCAAACGACCAAUGCACCAGUUUAUUGCUCUUUAGGAUCAAACAUGGACUUAGAAGUCCACAAAGAAGCUGACAAUAUUGACAAUUAUGAUCCAUCCGGUUUCAUUGAAUUGGAAGCCUAUGAAGAGCACGAUACUCCAGUCAAUAGGUGUUCAUUAUCUCUCGAUAUAAUUAACGGUGCAGUUGAAAAUUCUGGUGAACAUUCUUUUGAAUUUGCCACGGAAGAGGCUAGUUAUCCUUCUUUUGGUUUUGCUAGGGACCUCACACUUCUUAGUUUAGUUGUCUUUCUUGUUUGGAGCAUUAAGACUAGUAUUAUCCUCAAGUCUUGUUUGGUCAUUUACUUCUUCCAGCCCAAAGUCAUUGAGAGUACUUCUAAUCCUAGCCUCAGUCAGGAAGAUCAAACUAAGAAACAAUUAGAAGCUAUUGAACUUGAAAAUAAUAGCAAUGAUUUUCGAGAAGAACAAGACAACUUGCACUUGGAGGCAAAUGGGACGACAAGAUGUCCUUGCUAUGGUUUACUCUGGGAUAUUACACUUAUUGGUCUUGUCUUUCUCCUUGUGUGGGUUCUCAGUGGUAGUAUUACUCUCAAGACUUGUUUGUUCUGUUUCUUGGUUCGGCCAGAAGUCGAUAGGAAAGUUAGUUAUCCUGGCAAACAUGAUCAACACCCUCAGGGUAUGGUGAACUUGGAAGAUGAUAAUACUGUCUAUCGUUCUUCUCUGUCUAAGGAGAAUAGAUUUUACUUCAAGUAUUAUCCUUCAUUUGGUUUGUUUUUAAAUAAUUCUGAACAAGGUAUUACCAUAGAUGCUGAUGCGGAAGCUAGAGAUAUCGACUUUAAGAAUCUUUCCAUGGAAGAAACAAACUCGGCAUUUGUUAAGCGAACGUUGAACUCUGAUGAUGAAGUCUUGGACAACAAGACUCUGACUCGGACAAUUGGUCUUUUUCAAAUUGAUCACUCCACCGAAUGCCAAGCGUUGCAGAAUGAUUCUCCUAAGCUGGAAUUGGUUGAGUACAUAGAUUUCCCUGAAAAGUUGGAAACCCAACUCUUCCAUAAAUUAUUGUCUACCGACUUCGAUGAAAAUCUUGGAGGAAGCUUUCAGAGGGAGUCUGGGUUUCAAGAAAGGACUAGCCAGGCUCUGUUUAAUGCUUUGAAUGAUGCUUUUUUUGAAGCUAGUAUCUUCAAUUUGACAUCUGACCUACCAGAAGGCCAGAUUAAUUUGCAAACUUCCCGUUCAAGUUUACAUUCAGGGCAAUUCUCAAAUGGAUCAACAUCGCCAACCAAACUUUCUUUGAGAAGAUUCAAAACUAACGAAACUUCAGCAACUUCCGCGGAUAAUUGCGACCAGGGUCACGAUAAAUACUUCUUAUUAAUGGCACACCAAUCCAUCUAUGCACUUGAACUUGAUACUAUUUACCAAAAUAUACCAAAUCCAGAAUCCAAGUUAGACUUGGCCAGAUGCUGCGGGGCAUACUCAAAGGCGAGAGUUGGGGGACUCGAGCCCAGAAGUGCAACGAACAACAGUAUUCAAUUUGGUAUUUUGUUGGUGGUAGUUUUUCAGUUGAUAGUUCUUUUGGUGGAUUGUGGGAUCUCAAGAACUUCGACUCCCCGGUUUCCAAACCGCUGCUUGUGGAUAGCAUUCAGCGUUGUCUCAUGGAUUUUAUCCAGAUAAUGAGCUGAACCACAUUUAGAUUGUUGCUGGAGUCAACAAU